AGGCAGUGCGUCAAACCCAGAGGGAAUGUGGUAUUUCUUCCUCGUUGCUGUUUUGUUUUCGUUCAGAUUGAAUCUGUGGGAAAAAACAACCAAACAUCAUGUCUCUUGAAAAGGAAGAUACCCGCGAAGCAGAGAAAAGAUCAGUCUCAUCUGAUCCCAGCUGUGUGUCUGUCGAAAGUUAUCAAUUUAUGCCAAUCGAAUUAAAUGGUGGAGGUCUGUCUUCUGAUGAAAGUUUUCUUCGGAAAAGAUCAGAUUCACCUGUGCUCAGUGUUUUAUCUAUGAAGAGUGAUAAAUCAAUGACCAUGCCUAUUCACUUAAAACAAGGAUCUCAGUUUUACCAAAGUUCUUGUGAGACACUGGACUCAUCUGUUCCCAGUAUUUUAUCUAUAAAAAGUGGCAGAUCAAUAGACAUGCCAAUUCUCUUCAAGAAUGGAGAAUCUCUUUUUGACAAAAGUGCUGGAGAGAGAUCGGACUCCUCUGUACCCAGUAUGUUGUCCCUGAGGAGUGAUAGAUCAAUGGACAUGCCAAUUCUUCUAAAACGUGAUGAAUCUCUAGACCAAAGUUCAAACCAGAAAAAGGACUCAACUGCCCCCAAAGCUCUGGUCAUCAAACAUGUAUAUAGCAGGAGUACUGAAACCAAUCGAUCCAACCAGAGACAUGACCCACCAUCAUUUUUAGAAAUCCUCCAAAGAUUUAAAUCACAAAUGAAAAUGAAGCACCAGUGUGUUUUUGAAGGAUUAUACAAGCAGGAAAUCCCAACACUGCUGAAUGAGAUCUACACAGAGCUCUACAUCACAGAGAGUGAAAGUGGUGGAAUCAGUAAUAAACAUGAGUUGAGACAGAUUGAGACACAAUCCAGGAGAACAGCAACAGAGGACACACCAAUCAAAUGCAACGACAUCUUUAAAGCUUUACCUGCACAAGACAAACCCAUCAGAAGUGUGCUGACAAAGGGAGUCGCUGGCAUUGGAAAAACAGUCUCUGUGCAGAAGUUCAUUCUGGACUGGGCUGAAGGGAAAGAGAAUCAGGACGUCCACCUCAUAUUUCCACUUCCUUUCAGAGAGAUCAACCUGAUGAAGAACCAAACACUCAGUCUUUUAGAUCUUCUUCAUCUUUUCUUCCCAGAGACAAAAGAACUUGAAAUCUCCAGCGGUGAAUAUAAAGUGUUGUUCAUCUUUGAUGGUUUGGAUGAGUGUCGUGUGUCUCUGGAUUUUCACAGCAGUGUGAGGUUGUGUGAUGUCAGUGAAUCAGCCUCAGUGGACGUGAUCCUGACAAACCUCAUGAAGGGGAAUCUGCUUCCCUCUGCUCUCAUCUGGAUCACCUCCAGACCAGCAGCAGCUGAUCUCAUCCCCUCUGAGUGUGUUGAUCGAGUCACAGAGGUACGAGGCUUCACUGACAAACAGAAGGAGGAAUACUUCAGCAAGAGAAUCAGUGAUGAGAGUCUGAACAACAGAAUCAUCUCACACCUGAAGUCAUCCAGGAGCCUCUACAUCAUGUGUCACAUCCCAGUGUUCUGCUGGAUUUCAGCCACUGUUCUAGAGAGAAUGUUGAGUGAAGCAGAGAGUGAAGGAGAGAUCCCAAAGACUCUCACUCAAAUGUACACACACUUCCUGAUCAUUCAGACAAACAUCAAACAUCAGAAGGACUAUGAGAAGAAAGUGAAGAAUGAUGAAGACAUGAUCUUCAAACUGGGCAAACUGGCUUUUGAGCAGCUUGUGAAAGGGAACCUGAUCUUCUAUGAUGAGGACCUGAGAGAGUGUGGCAUUGAUGUAGCAGAAGCAUCAGUGUACUCAGGAUUGUGCACUCAGAUCUUCAGAGAGGAGUUUGGCUUGUAUCUGGGGAAAGUUUACAGCUUUCUUCAUCUGAGCGUUCAGGAACAUCUCGCAGCUCUUUACUUGCACCUUGAAUUUACAAAAAACAACAGGAAUGUGCUUGACCAGCAAAAAUCUCACAUAUCUGAAAUUCCAUUGACAAUGUUUAGCUUACACAAGUGUGCAAUUGAUAAAGCCUUAAAAAACACCGAAGGACAUCUAGAUCUUCUGCUUCGCUUCCUCAUGGGAUUCUCAAUGGAUUCAAAUCACAUCCUUCUAGAAGGGUUAUUGGUUAAAAGACCACAUAGCUUCCAGGAACAAGGGAAAACUAUUGAGUAUCUGACAGAAAAAAUCAGAGGAGCAUUUUGUCCACAUCAGUGUGUGAAUCUUUUUCACUGUCUACGUGAACUCAAUGAUCAUUCUUUAACGAAUAAAAUCCAACGCAUUCUGAACUCUGGAGAAAUAGACAGACAAUGCAUCACUACUGAACUCUGGUCAGCUCUGCUGUAUGUUCUUAUGAUGUCAGAUGAAAAGUUUGAUGAGUUUGACCUGAGAAAAUAUGGAGGAUCAGAAGAAAUCCUUCGCUGGCUGCACCCAGUAGUCAAGUUGUCUACAAAGGCCCAGUUACAGGACUGUAACAUCACAUUGAAGGGCUGUGCUUUCCUGUGUUUGGUUCUAACAUCAUCGUCCAACGUGAGACAGCUGGACCUGAGCAAAAACAACAACCUUCAGGACUCAGGAGUGGAGAUGCUCUGUGUUGGAGUAACAAAAUUACACAGCACACCAUCACUGAAGACCAUGUUUUUGACAGGAAAUGAUUGGAAUAUUGAAGAAAUACUUAACAAUUGUGCCGAGUAUUUUAAAUCUUCUGCUGGACUGCAGGACACGGAGUGCGGCCUGGAAUCUCUGAAACUCAAGGACUGCGGAGUAACAGAAGAGGGAUGUUAUCAGCUCAGCAAAGCUCUGAGUUUAAACCCGUCACAUCUGAGAGAGCUGGACCUGAGCGGGAAUUAUGUAGGAAGCUCUGGAGUCAAACAUCUCUGUGCAGUUCUAGAGAAAACUGAAUGUGCACUACAGAUACUGAAGCUAAAUAAAUGUGGAAUAACAGAAGAAAGUUGUGCCGCUCUGGCUUCAGCUCUGAGCUCAAAGAUGUCCACUCUGAUAGAGCUUGAUCUGAGUGUUAAUGCUCUACAGGAUUCAGGAGUGAAGCUGAUCUCAGCCGGACUGAAGAAUCCUCACUGUAAACUAAAGAUACUGAGGUUGUCAAACUGCAGUGUUACAAAGGAAGGUGUCGCCGCUCUGGCUGAAGCUCUGAAGUCAAACCCCUCACACAUGACAAAGCUCGACCUGUGGGACAAUCGUCUGAAAGAAUCAGACGAGAAUCUUCUCUCCAUGAUACUGGACAAAGUUAUCAAAUGAACAGAGGAAACAGUAUUAAAAUAACGCACAAUGUGGAUGUUCUAAAUUUUUUUGUUAUACCGUACUUUAGAGGGACGUUUCUCGUACUGGGUUUAGACUAGACCUUGACUGAAAUUAACCUUUGUUCUGUCUAAACUGAAAACAAUUUGCAUUGACACAUCUUCAAAUGCAUAAGUACAAUCGACUGGUCUCAAAAUACAGGUAAUGUUUUUUUAAUUGUGCGUUUGUAAAAACUACUUAAAGUCGGCAUUUAAAAUAAAA